AUGACCAAGACGGCGAUCGUGACCGGCGCAUGCUCAGGUAUAGGGCUAUCAUUGGUACGACGACUACUCCAUGAUUUUGACUCAGGCGAACAUCAACAGUGGAGAGUGGUGCUUGCAGACAUCAACGUCGAUUCCUACAAGGCGGUCAAAAGCACUCUCCCCCACCUGACCCGUGGAGAACCACGACAUUUGUUCGUGAGAACGGAUGUUACUAACUGGAACAACUUGGUCGACUUAUUUCGUACGUCAUUCGAGUGGCCUGGUGAUGGGCAGGGGAGGAUUGACUUCGUGGCCUGUAACGCUGGGAUUGAUGAUCAUGCGCUGAAGAACGGGUUACUGGAUGAUGAUGAUGGAGGAGGCGGCGAAGCAGUGCCCACACAGCCUGACCUCAAGGUUCUGCAAGUCGAUCUACAUUCUAUCUUCUAUGCAACGAAGCUGCUUGUCCACUUCACACGGAAAUCGAGGAAGAUGACGAGUUUGCAUGAUGAUUGGAAACCACGGCUCGUGGUAACAGCGUCGAUGGCAGCACAGUAUCCGUUUUUCUUGAUCCCGCAGUACACGGCUGCAAAGCAUGGAUGCCUGGGGCUAGUCAGAGCACUGGCGCCGGCUUUGUUGAAACACGAAGGCAUCUCCUUGAACUGCGUGAUGCCUGGCACCGUCGAUACGGGACUCAUCCCGCCACCUGUCAUGGCACAGUGGCCAACACAGCACCUGACACCUCUAGAUACGGUCAUGAGAGCGUUCAUGGAAUUGAUUGGAGACUGGGAGCGGGCUGAGCUGAGUAGAGGUGUCGAGAGCGAUGUACCUGACCGUGAAUUGAAAAACGGCUGUGCCGUCGAAUGUUCGUCAAACUGGCUGUGGUACAGAGAUCCUGUGCCGUUCAAGGAUGAGAGUAUGAGAUUCGUCGCUGACCAGAGUCGGGAGGAAGGCAUUUUAGGACAGUUCGCCUCCACCCUCAGAGGAUAG